UUCUAAGCCUACCCCUCUCCACGUGCAGGUUUCUUCAUCACUUCCCUCCAGCUCUCUUCCUCACGCGUAUAUCUUUCUUCUUGUUUUGUGUAUAAAGCAGAGAACCAAAGGUUCUUCACAUUCCCAAUGCUAUCUUCUUCCUCUGCCGUGAUUCAUCAUUGUAGCAGCAAGCUUGUAUUUAGAAGAGAGAGAGAGAAGAGGGACUGAGGAGAGGAGAUGGAGAAGUAUGAAGUGGUGAAGCAUUUAGGAGCGGGCAACUUCGGCGUGGCGAGGCUUAUGCGCCACAAGGACACUCAAGAGCUUGUUGCCAUGAAAUACAUCGAGCGCGGUCACAAGAUAGAUGAGAAUGUCGCCAGAGAGAUCAUUAACCACAGAUUGCUUCGCCACCCUAACAUCAUACGCUUUAAGGAGGUUGUGUUGACGCCGACUCAUUUGGCUAUAGUGAUGGAGUAUGCCGCUGGGGGGGAGGUCUUUGAUCGCAUCUGCAGUGCCGGUCGAUUCAGUGAAGACGAGGCCAGAUACUUCUUUCAGCAGCUCAUCUCUGGAGUUAACUACUGUCAUCACAUGCAAAUAUGUCAUAGGGAUCUGAAGCUGGAAAAUACGCUAUUAGAUGGAAGCCCUGCUCCGCGCUUGAAGAUCUGCGACUUUGGUUACUCUAAGUCAUCACUGUUGCAUUCAAGACCCAAAUCCACAGUAGGAACUCCUGCAUACAUCGCACCCGAGGUCCUUUCUCGCAAGGAGUACAACGGCAAGUUGGCAGAUGUGUGGUCAUGUGGAGUGACUUUGUAUGUCAUGCUGGUGGGUGCAUAUCCUUUUGAGGACCAGCAGGACCCCAAAAAUUUCAGGAAGACAAUUCAACAAAUUAUGGCCGUGCAAUACAAGAUUCCCGACUACGUUCAUGUAUCUCAAGAUUGCAGACACCUGCUGUCUCGUAUAUUUGUUGCAAAUCCAACAAGGAGGACUACAAUCAAAGAAAUCAAGAAUCAUCCAUGGUUCUUAAAGAACUUGCCGAGAGAACUAACGGAAACAGCUCAAGCAGCAUAUUACCAGAGAGACAACCAGAGCUAUUCUCCGCAAAGUGCGGAAGAAAUAAUGAAAAUAGUGGGAGAGGCAAGAAACCCACCUCCAAUAGCCAAGCCCACCAAAGAUUUUGGCUGGGGUGCCGAUGAAGAUGAGGAAGGCAAUGAAGACCUAGACGCAGAGGUUGAUGAAGAAGAAGAUGAAGAUGAAUAUGACAAAAGGGUUAAAGAGGCUCAUGCCAGCGGGGAGUUUCAGAUCAGUUGAGCAGCAGUCAGCACGGACGUUGGAAACUCAAAUGCAUCUGCAUAUCUCAAUCCUCACUUUCAAACUUCUAAAUGAAUAAUUUUCCGAGAGUGUACAAAUUGGCACUAAGAGGAGAAGAGAAAACUGUGUACCACUCUUCAAUCUCCUCAUUAAUAAUGUAUCUAGUCAAACUUCCUCCAAAGUA